AUGCCCCGCGACUGCCAGAAAGAUGACUGGAAGAACCACAAGAAGAUCUGCGCCCAGCAAGCGCAAGCCAAUGCCAAUGCCUACGAUGGUUUCCCACCCAAAACCGAACACAGCUCCAAUUACGCCGCGCCUCGUAUGAAGACUCUCGAGAAGCACGUACCGAACCCCUUCACACGACUCGACGACGGCAAGUACCUCCACGACCGCCCCGAGAAAGACGUCUACAGACUCCUCAUCGACUCCUUCCGCAUGCGCUCCGAAGACGAUAACAAGCUCGAGAAUAAGCCCACACCGAACAGCAUCUAUACGGGCAAGUCUUCAAGCAUCGAGCCAUUCCGGAAGUUCCUAGACUUGGCUGAGACUCGGCGGGGUCUGCUACCUCCGUGGUGGAACGCCGAACACAGGCAAGAGUGCGAGAAGUGGGCUGAGAGCGGCGAAUGGAACGAUGUGCGGAAGAAGGUCACAAAGGCUGAGAUGAUCAGCCACUACGGCGAUGAUAAGGCGCCUAUGCAGCUGAGGAUGGUGGCGGAGUUUGUGUACGGGUCGGGCUCGAAGGGGGAGAGCGGCACUGCGAUGCGCAAGGUGCUGCGUGGCAUGGAGGGGGGUGGUCUUGGGCUUGGCAAUUUCCUGCCUAUGAGCUUGACGAAAGUUAUGGGUGGUGGAAGCUGA